CAAAAAAAAUGGGGUAUCAAAGUGAUGCUUUCUAUUGGAGGCGGUACUGAGACCUACACCCUUUCCUCGGCUGCUGAUGCCAGGAAGCUUGCAAACUACUUAUGGAACAAUUUUCUUGGGGGCGUAUCUUACUCCCGUCCAUUAGGUGCUGCGAUCCUAGAUGGCAUUGACUUUGCCAUUGAUACAGGCACAAACCAGCACUGGGACGAGCUCGCAAAGGCCUUAGCAGAGUUUAGGCCACAGAAGAAUGUCUUCUUGACAGCGGCUCCACAAUGUCCUUUUACAGACGAAAAUCGUCUAGCAGCUGCACUAAACACUGGCCUGUUUGACUACGUUUGGAUCCAAUUUUAUAACAACGCUCAGUGUGAGUAUCUGGGCAGUGCGGACAAACUUAAGAGUGAUUGGAAUCUAUGGGCCACUAGGAUUUCAGCUGGUAAAAUAUUUUUGGGGUUACCUGCGGCCCCAGAUGCAGCUUACAGUGGUGGCUACAUCCCGCCCUCUGUGCUUAUUAGUGAGGUGUUACCUUAUAUUAAGAUUUCUCCAAAAUACGGGGGUGUUAUGCUUUGGGAUAGGUAUCAUGACAUAUUGAACAACUAUAGCGCAAUUAUUAAGCCCUAUGUUUGAACUCCUUGACAUUAACAACUACCUGCAUUAGUUUCUCUGUUAGUUAUCUUCUUCUUCUUUUGGAUGAAUAAGCAGUACUGUCUACUCUGCCUUACGUUACCAAUUACUACCGUGGAAGAGAAGAGAAGUGCUCUGUAUUUGAAGUUGACUGUUCCAUCGUGUAUUGUAGUCCUGUACACGAGUUAUCUUUUAUCAUUUCCUUUGUAAUCCUUUUAAGUUUAUCGUUAUCUUCAAUAAGCAGGUAG